AUGUAAAAUAUAUUUUAAAAGUAAAUUUAAUAAACUAUUAAAUACUUUUUAAUUAGCUCUCAAUAAAUUUAUAUAUUAAAUUUAAAAAUGAGUGUUAUCUAAUUUUAAUAUAUAAGCUAAAUACUGGGAUUCCCAGAAAUAUUAUAAUAGUAUUAAUAAAUUUUUUAAUUUUGUUAAAAAGGUAUAAUAAUUUAUGACAGAAUAGAUAUUUUAGUGGAGACAAAUAUAUAAACUGUUAGUGGUUUUUUAAUUGAUGGAUAUAUUUAUUGUAAAGAAUUAAAUUUGAUAAUAUUUUACAUAAAUACUUCAAUAUUUGCUUAACUGUAUGUAUAUGACAUUAAAUAGAAAUUAUAGAUAGCUUAAAUUACAGGAAAUCUAAAUUAAGAUGGUUAAGUAGCAGGAUUGACUUAUGAGAUCUAAUCUUAGUAUGUUUAGUUUAUUGAUACAUUAGGAAACUAUUAUAUUUUUGAUAUGUUUGAUUCAUUUAGUUUAGAAAAUUUAUUUAGAAUAACUGAAGUAAUAGAUAGAUAAGAAAAAGUUUAAGGAUUAGAUUAUGAUUACAGGACAAAUAAUGCAAUAAUAUAUACAGAUUAAAGUAUAUACAUAAUUGACUAUACUUAAGUUAAUUAAUAAUUUAUGCCUUCUCUCUCUGACCAAAGAAGUUUAUUCACUCAAAUAAAUGAAUCUACUUAUAUUUUAGUUGAUAGCUAAAACUAAUUAUAUAGAUACUCCAACUAAUCAUUAAAAUUCGAAAGAUUUUUCGAUAAUUAAAAUUUAAAAGAAGUUAGAUAUAAUCAAGAAACUGAUUCUUUGGUUAUAGCUUUUGAAAACAAGAUAAGUAUAUGUAUUUAAUACGAGUAAAAUAGAAUUAGUUAUUUCAAUCAAAAUUGCACUGAAAUUGAUAUGCCUUUUCAGUAAUUUAUUUUAGAUAAUAUCUUUUUAUCCUCCUCAAAAAUAAUCUAUCAUUAUGAUUUGUCUACUGUCUAAUUAAUAAACUAAAUAGUACUUAAUCCAUAAUUGUUUCUUAUAAAAUUUUUAAAAAUUUAAAAUUUAUUACUUUUCGGAAUAAGUAAUGGCACUCUUAUUUAGUAUGACAUUUCUACCUAACAAUAAGCAUAUUAUAGCAUUUCUUUAUCUAAUAAUAUAAAUCAAUCAUUUCUAUUUUUAUAAAUAGAAAAUGUUAAUAGAACUAUGAUUGCUUACGCUGCUACAAAUUUAGGAAUAGUAUUAAUUAUUGAUUUAUAAAAAUAGAUGAUAUUAGAUUAAAUAAAUUUACUUUUAUUAAGUAAUAUCGAUCAAGAAUAAGGUACAUUAUUGACAGGUUUUUCAUAUGAUGAGUUAUAUAAUAGAUUCAUAUUUUUUUUCAGCGGUGAUAAGAAAGCUUAUAUUUGGGAUUAUAAUAAAGAUUAGCUUAUAGGAUACUUACCUUUAAUUACUACUUUCAGAAACUAUAUUAUCAUGACAAAGAAUUAUAUAAUAAUAUAAAAUACAUUUAAUCUAAGCUUUUUUAAGAAAUAAGAUAUCUAUAGGUUAGUUUCAACUAUUUAAUUUCGCUUAUAGUAUGAUAUUUUGCAAGAAUUUGAAAUAAUUGAGGAAAAAUAUUUGCUCUGCUUCUUUACUGAUAAGUUUUAAUUCUUUGUUUUAUUUGAAGAUUCAUCAAAUUAAUAAAUUAUAAAUUUUUAACUUGAAAAUCAAAAAGAAUUGCCAUAUCCUUAGCUUCUUGGUUAUAAUUUAAAUUUAGAUUAAGGCUAUUUGAAAGUAUAUGGAGUAUCUUAAAGAAAUGUAUUUGAAGAUAAACACAACUUAAAUAUUUAUCAAUAUAAUUCUAAUAUUACUAUCUGCUCGAGUCAAAUAGAAAAUUCUAAUUUAUUUGAUAGUUAAAAGAAUUUAUAAUCAAUAUAGCCAUUAAUGCAAUCAAUUUAAGGAGCUUAUGGUAGAACACUAAUUUAAUAAUAAAAUUGGAGUUUUUUAAUAUUUUUGGAUAUCUAAAAUAGUAAUUUGAAAAUGCUUUAAUCAUUAUUUUAAUAAUCAAAUUAAAUAAAUAUCUAAACAUUUUUAAAUUUUAGUACAAAUUCUAAUGUCACCUUGAGUAAUCAACUUUUCGAAUUUUUUAAUCAAGAUUAAUAUUACUUAUCAAACUUUAACUUUUUGUUUGACUAAGCUGGAUCUCAAAAUUAUACUUUUGCCUUAAAUUCUUCAUUUACUGAAAUUAGAAUGUUGGAAAUUAGUUUAGUUAAUUAAUUAAUAUAAGAAUAGUAAAUCAUACUUAAUAACUAGAAUUUAGUUGUUAUUCAGAAUUUAACAAUUUCAGGAAUUACUUUUAAUUCAUUAAAAAACAAUGCUUCAUCAGAUUAAUCUCUUAUUAUUUUUGAUUCUAUUAAAACAAUAUCAUUAAUAAAUUUAAAUAUUUUUGAAAAUAAAGGAAACACAGCAAAUGAAAAUUUUAUUAUAUUUAAUGAUAUUAAAACUCUUAUAAUUAGUUAAUUAAAAAUAAAUGAUAAUGAUAAUAUUUUUUCUUUGAUUAAAUUUUAAAAUGUAGAGACUUUGAUUAUUGAAAAUUUAUAAGUUCAAAGUAAUAUCAUUAACAAAAAUGGUUUUAAUUUUUAAAAUAGUAAUGACUAUAAUAAAUUUAUAAUAUAAGAGAAUAAUUUGUGUUACAAUACUAUUCUUUGCUUUGUUGGAUGCUAAAACAUAACUAUUAAAAACUCAAAAUUAACAAAUAAUGAAGAUUAUAAUUUAAUAUAAACAUAUUCAUUUUAUUACUAAUAAAGCAAUCUGAUUUAGCUUCUUUUAAAUGAAAUAAAUUUAAAUAACUUAAAUGUUACAUAAAAUAGUGCUAAUCCUUUUUCUUUUUUGAUAAGUUUAGAUAAUACUUUGGUAAAUAUUAAUUAGCUGAAUUGUAUUAAAAAUAAUAACAAUAUGAUAAUUUAAAAAUCAAAAUCAUUAUUAAUUAAAAAUAGUUAAUUUAUAGAAAAUUCAUCAUUAAAUGGAGGUGCUAUGUAUUUAGAUUAAAUUUAGAAUUCAAUUUUGAUCUAAAAUUCACUAUUUUAAUAUAACAAAGCAAUACAGAGUGGUGGUGCUUUUUAUAUUUAUGUAACUAAAUAAAUUACUUUUGAGAUAGAUCAUAAAAGUUUAAUUUCUAAAAACAAUGCACUUAUAGGAGGUGGAUUACGUUAUAUUUAUCCAGAUACUCCUUCUCCUUAAGAAUAUAUCCCUUAAGGCUUUCCUUACAGUUAUAUUAUUAUCAAAAAUACAGCUGAAAUAUAUGGAGAUAAUGUAGCAUCAUACUUAAAAAAUAUAUAAAUUAGUUAGAUUAUUAUCUAAAAUGAUAUUAAUGUUGGAAAUAAAGUAUCAGAAAAUGAAAAUUCUAGUUCAAUUAAAUAAUAUGAAAUAAAUGAUUUUUAAAGCGGAGGACAAUUAUUAUUGAGAGUAAUUUUGCUUGAUCAAGAAGGAAGAAAACUAACUUUUUCUAAAGAAAAUUUGAUAGAUUAAUAAUAUCCUCCUGAUAUUUAGUAAGAAUUAGAGAAUAUUUAAAUUUAAAUAACAAAUUAGUAAAAAACAAAAGAAAUAAUAAUUUUAGGUAACAAUUUAGUUAAUUAUUAUGAUUAUAACUCAACCUCAAACACAUUUGAUAUUUAAAUAUAAAUUUAAUCUAAACCUAAAACUUAAGAUUUACUUUAAGUUUAAGCCAACACAGCUAUAGCAAAUGGAUUAAUUCCUCCAAUUAAAAUAAAUAUAAAUUACAGAAAUUGUAAAAUAGGAGAAAUUAUUUAAAAUAUCAACUCAAAUAUAAUUAUAUGCUAAUACUGCUCAAAUGGAACCUACUCUAUUAUAGAUCCAAAUGUAUUAAAUUAUACUUAUUUAUCUGUGGAUAACUAUUGCAAAUCUUGUCCCUAAGGUUCUGCAACCUGCUAAGGUGAAAAUAUUAUUCUGUAAAACGGUUACUGGAGGAUUAAUAAACUAUCUGAUGUAAUUUUAUAAUGCAGUUUAGCCAGUGAAUAUUGUUAAGGAGGUUACAAUGAAGGUUGUACAGAUGGGCAUAUUGGACCAUUAUGCUAAGAAUGUGAUAUUUUAGGAGUGGAAUAAAAAAAUAAUGUGAGAUAUACAGAGGGUGUAUUAAAAGGAACAUGCAAUACUUGUCCAAGUUCUAUAAGUUUGGUUUUUUAUGAAGUAUUUAUGAUAUUAGUACUAACUGCUUAUUUUUUUUUUAAUUUCUACAUAUUUAAGAAAAGCUUCAUUUAUUAACAAACUUGCUAUUACUUAAGAAUAUUACAUAUUCUUCCAAUCAAUAAAAGCUCAUUUAGGAGUAUAUAAGGUUCUUUUAUAAAAAUAUAUGUCAAUUAUUGCUAACUAUCUUCAAUCAUAAUUAACGAUACUAGAUCAAUACCUAAUUUAAAUAUAGUUUAAGAUUUUAUUGGAUCUUUUUGCAACAAAGUUAUGAUCUAAUAUAUCUGUCUGAUUGAUGAAUAAUUUCUGAAAAAGUAUAGUAAAAUUGGAAUAUAAAUUUUUAUCUAUACUCUGAUUCCUUUUUUACUUGGAGGUUUUCAACUUAUUUGCUUGUUUAUUUUCUCUAAAGUUUUCAAAUAUAAUGUAAAGAAAUAUGACUAUUUGUCAUUUUUAAAUAUCUUACUGAUGUACUUUUAAACCUAAUAAACUUUUUUUUUUGCUUAAUCUCUUUCUUGCGUAGAGAUAGGUUAAUAAAACUAUUCUAGUUUAGACUUAACUCAACAAUGCUCAUCUUAAAUAGUUUUAGAAGUCAUAAAACCAAUAUCAAUAGCUUUUAUUAUAAUUUGGAAUUUAUUCCCUUUAUAUAUUAUCUAUAAACUGUUUUAAAAUUCACAAAUACUGAAUUUUUGUUCAAUAAAAUAUUCUUUAGGUUAUUACUAUAAUGAACUUAGACCAUCGUAUUAUUACUGGGAGUUUGUCAGGAUAUACAUCAAAAUAGCUAUUGUUUUAAUUUUUGUUUUGCUGUAAUAGAAAUAUAAACAUCUCUCAUACAAUUUAAUUAAUGUCAUCAUACUUUUAUAUAUAAAAAAAAUCAGUGUAAUAAAACCUUUCUUAUUUAAAGAUAUUAACAAAUGUGAAAUAUACUCUCUAUUAAUGCUAAUAUCUAAAAUAAUAAUACAAAUGCUAAUUGAGUUGAAUAUAUUUCAAGUAAGCAUUGACUUUAUAAUGGUUGCAAUGAAUUACUUUUUACUAUCAUACUUUAUUUUGAUUAUAAUUGUGAAAGAUUAAUAGAGCACUUUAAGAAAAUUAAUAUUAUUUACUAUAAACAAAUUACUUACAUAAAAAUAUAAAGAUAAAUUAUAAUUAUCAAAAAAUAAUUAGCUAAAAACAUUUAUGAGGUGGAAGCUGUUAAGAAACUCAAUUAAGAAAAAAAAGAAUGAAUAAAUUAUUAUUAAUAUUCCGUAGCUUGAUAGGACAAGAUUAACUGAAAAUAUAUCAUUAAAAAAGUCAAAAAUUUUAUCUCAAAAUGAAAGGAAGUCUUUAUUUGAAAAUGAAGAUUACUUGAAUUUUUCCUCCGAUUUGUAGGAGUCCUAAUCAAAAGCCUAGGAUAUUAAGCUAUCUAGAUUUCAAAGCUUUGUAGUUGAUGAAAAAAUUGAAGUACCUCUGAGUUAAGAUCUAGUAGGGUUUGUGUUUAACUACAAUGCCUCAAUGAGUAUAGACAAAUAUCAAGAAGAAAAAAAUAAAACAUACUUAGUUUAUUACGCCUAUUUUUAUUAUCAAAAUGGUACUUUUUCAUAAAAAUUUGACCUUGAUGUUAUAAAAUGUACUGAUCCUAAGCUUCAAGGGUAUAAUUGUGUAGAUUUCUCCAAAAUAAGUAACUAUACGCUUGUUUUAGAUAACAGUGCUAAUGUAAUUUCAUAAUUAUUUAUUAACCUAUAUAGCUGUUUGGACAUAGAUCAAGUCAAAAAAACUGUCCCUUAAAAUUGUGCUUCGCAGUAAGAUAUAGAUGAUAUAAUAAAUGGAAGUUAAUCCUUAUUUUAUCUAAAAAUGAAAGUAUAAUAAUAUAAUACAACUUCAAAAUAAAUUUAGACAAAUUAUAGAAAUAUUUAUAAUUUUUUACUUUCCAAUUAAUUUACAAUUACUACUUUAAAAACUUAAAAAUAAGAAACAUAAGUAAAUGAAGGAUUAAUAUUUUAGACUAAAUAAAAUUUCUAAUCUCCCAUUUAGUACGACCCAGUUAAUUUAAGCUAUGAUAGAUAGUUCUCAUUGCAAUAAGGAUUAGGACCGUAUAACUAAGUUUCUAUCUACUUGGAUGAAAUUGUAUAGCAAUUCUAAAUUUAGUAUCCAUCAAUAACUGAAAUAUUUGCUCUUGUUAAUAGUGUUGCUUCUAUUGUCUUAGCUUCUAAAUUUUUAGGACGGUAUUAUUCCUAAAGAUAAAUCUAACAAAACUUCUUCAUGCUUUUUUUAAGAAGAUUAUUUUAAGAAAAAAACCAAUAAAUAUUUGAACAUAAUCAAUAGGAUACUCUGUAAAACAAAUAAAAGCUUUAAAAUUAAAAUGUUAAUGAGGAAGCGACUGAUGAUUUUUUAGAACAGCAAAAUAAAAUUGAUUUGAAAAUCCCUAACUUUGAAACAAAGUUUAGAGAUUAUGUAGAAAAAAGUCAAGUCAAUAAUUUUUAAUAAGAUAAUUUAAUAAAUGAGUUAAAAUUCAAAAACUAAGAAGAUACUAUUUAAGAGUAAAAAGGGGAUGAUACAAUUUAAAUUAGUCAAUCAUCACAUUUUUCAAAAAGCCCCUAAAAUUAAUACGAAUUUAAAAACUAUCAAAAUGAUUCUAAAAUUAGCAUUUUUGAUAAAUAAAUUCAUAAUUAAAUUCAAACAAGUAAAUUUUUUGAUUUUUAGAGAUAAGUUUUUCUUGAUUAAAGAAGUUAAAGUUUGAGAAAAUAAACAAAUUUCAAUAUAAAUGAGCUUGAUAGUAUAAACUUUACAAGUAGUGUAGAAAAAAAAGAUAAAAUGAAUAACUUUGUUUCUGAAAUAGAAGCUAAAAAGAAACUUUCUUAUUUUUAAAAUUAAGGAAGUAUAAAAAUUAACAUUUCUUAAAAAUUAAAAGCAAUUUAUAGUAAUUAAGUGAAGCAAACUAUUCAAAAUUUUAUUUUUAAGCCAAGAUUAUUGAAUACAAAAUAGUACCUUAAUUCUAAGGGUAUAUAUGUGAAUUCCUUAGCAAAAAUUGGAAAAGAAGUUAAAAAGAGUUUAGAUAUUUAUGAAUUUUACAAAGACAUCAUUUUCUUAAAAAAAGCUAUUACAAUACUUCUCAGCAAAGAUUAAUUGGCAGCAAUUUAGCUUGUUAAUCUGACAGAUAAUUUUUUGAAUUUAGACUUAAAUAGUAAAGAUUUUAAAACUGAAUACAAAAAUUCAAAAAGAAAACUAAAUUACUUUGAAAAGUAAUUUAUAAUUUUGCAAUCAGAUUAAUUACAAGCUGAAUAUAUUGAAAAAUUUUUCAAAAGAAGAUAGAAACUAGAAUAAAUAAAUGAAGUAGAUUAAAGAAUCAUUUCUUCCAUCUUUAAUAAAUAGUGA